ACCAAGUAUAGACUCACAGACCCUGCAAACCUGCAUCGCAUCCUACGAGGGUUGUUGGAAGUUAACGACGGCCGUCUCUGGAGUGAAAAAGUGUGUAGUGUUGACGUCCGGAUUGGCCGCCAGCCCUAGGUGUCGGAGAAUCUCCAAAGCUGUCCUCAUCCUCCAUUACCAUUCUCCCUCACCAAGCUCAGUGUCCUGCCCCCCGAACCCGUGCGUUUGUAGAUUCUUUCAUCCUUCACAUACCAUCAGUAUUCAGAAAAUUAAACGAAAAUGGCAUGACCAAGAUCACUGGUUAUACUUACAAGUUGGGUUUAGAACAGCGUGCUUCGGAAAGAAUGCGAUUUCAGGUUCAUCGUGCAUUGAAGUUUGCCCCCAUUUCUCGCAACUUCUACGCUCCUGCUCACAGCGAACCUCACCAUCCUUUUCAUGCCCCCCUCGAAGGAGCUGAGACGGUUUGGUUCGCCAAAGCGAUUUGCAUACUUUGCGUUCGCCAUUCAUCUAGUCUUGAUGUCUUGGGCUGUGAUUAUUUCCGUCAAAAUCUGAAUUCGCUGAUUGCUUUUGACGUAAUCGAACACAUUAGUGGUAAAUUGAAUAACCCCACGUUGGCAUUUAGCUUCUUCCAAUUCGCGAGACUCAAUUUGAAUAUUGUCCAUUCAGUUUCUAGCUUCCGAUUGCUGCUUAUGUCUCACUGCGAAAUAGGUCUCCAUCAUACAGUUAAGUUAUUGUUUAAUCACAUGAGAAUGGAUGGGUAUUUCCCAGACAGGUCAAUUGUAGAAUUUGUAGUAUUGACACUUGCAAAUGCAGGCAGCAUUGAGGUUGCCAAGGAGAUUUUGAUUUCCGAAUCUCAUGCGAGUAAUGAGAAAUGUGGAAAUAUUUGCCAUUUUCUGCACAGUAAGUUUUUGAGUUUGUUGAUGAAGAAAAAGAGGGUGGAGGAGGCUGUUAGUUUCUUUAUAGAUUAUAUUUUGAGGUCUAAGAAUUUUUGUUUGGAUACUUUCACAUUUAACAUUGUCAUCCGAGGGUUGUGCGUGUCUGGAAAGGUUGACAGAGCUUUUCCAUUUUUAACUGGCAUGGAGAAUUUUGGCUGUCUUCCCGAUCUUGUUACAUAUAACACUCUCAUAAAUGGAUUUUGCAGUGCCGGUGAUGUAGAUAAAGCUCAAAGUUUAUUGAGAGAAAUACAUUUACUUGAUCGAUUCUCCCCAGAUGCUGUGACAUAUACAUCUGUUAUUUCAGGUUACUGCAAGUUGGGUCGAAUGGUUGAGGCGGUCAAUCUAAUGGAAGAAAUGAUUUCUUUUGGGAUUCGACCAACCUUGGUUACUUUCAAUAUUUUAAUAAACGGGUUUGGCAAGAUUGGAGAUAUGGUUUCCGCUUUAAAGAUUCUUGAGAGGAUGAGUCUUGUUGGAUGUCUUCCUGAUGUCAUCACCUUCACUUCUCUCAUCAAUGGACAUUGUCAAUCUGGUGAUUUAGAUCUUGGUUUGAAGCUCUUUGAUCAAAUGAAAGAAAGAAAGCUUUUUCCAAACACAUACACGUUUUCCAUUGUCAUCCAUGCAUUGUGUAAGAAAAACAGAAUUACUGAAGCCAGCGAGUUUUUAAAGAAAUUAAAAUGUAGAGCUGAUAUUGUGCCCCAGCCAUUCAUAUACAACCCGGUAGUUGAUGGGCUUUGUAAGGCUGGAAAUUUAGAACAAGCCAAUGCCAUUGCCGCAGAUAUGGAGGUUAGAGGAUGCUGUCAUGACAAGAUCACUUUUACGAUUCUCAUUCUUGGGCAUUGCAUGAAAGGGAGAAUGGCUGAUGCAGUUAAUAUUUUUAAUAAGAUGGUUGCAUUGGGCUGUACCCCGGAUAAAUUGACUAUAAGCUGUUUCACAUCUAUCCUUUUGAAAGCUGGUAUGGCUAAGGAAGCAUAUAGAGUAAAGAACUAUGCAUCAGGAACUGUUCCGUAUAGGAACAAUAUUGAAGUCCCCAUAGCCGCUUAUAAUAGUUAAUAAUACCCUUGGUUGCACACUUUUUUUCCGGGAAGAUUAUGAAAGACUCUUCUUCUACAAUGCGGUCUUGGCAUGGUUCAGUAUGCAUGAUGGAACGAACAAUAGCUAGAGGUGGGACAUCCCUGGACUUGGUCGAAUUUACUACCAUGUAGCUUCUUCUCACAGCAUGGGGGGAGCAACAUGUACACAAUACGAGACGGUUUGCAUGAAUUUGUAAGGUAACAUAACAUGUUACUGAUUGGGAUCUCUUUAGCAUCCAAGGGAUUGUCGAAGUGACACAGGGAAAAAAAUGACCAUGACUGUGGAAGUUUCCAGUGAUGGAGGCUGGGCGUGAACCCAGAGCGAUAAAAGUGGUGUACUGGUGUCAGGAGGGAACAUUGGAUUCGGCAAAGCAACUUGACCACGAGGCAGGAAAAAGGCUACCAGUUAUUCUGUCAAGAAGGAAUACAAAGGUGGUUAUCAAGUUGUCUGAAGUGUCAUGCUGAUGGAAACCCGUGGAAACACAGUUUUGAAGUAGCAGUAAUUCCAUGCAAUAUUCGACGCGAUUUUCAUCACGGGUCAUUUGGAAACAGUCUCUCUGUACUUCAAUACAGAGGUAUCUCGGUAGUGAAGAUUGAAGAAACAAGAUGCCCGAAAGCUAUAUGUGGAAAAAUAUAUCCUUACACAAUCCAGUAGCAAAGUGUGAUUUGCUGUAAUUGUUUGAACUGGGAUGGAAGGAUGUGAGAUAAUGCUGCCUCUAGGAGUAUAGGAGGCAUUUGGUAUGAGGAAAAGUCAAUACUUUCCAUCAUUUCCAUGGAAAGUAAUUGGCAGGAAAAGUAUUCUAUUGUUUGGUAUCUCAUUUGUCCAGAGUGAAAAGUCAAAUGAAAUAAUUUUUCUCUUAUGAGAAGGAAAAUGAUUCUCAUGGGGAGGUGAUACCAGAUUCCGUGAAAGUGAUUCUGAUGAGAGUAAUUCUCGUAGAUAUAGUACCAAACGCCCCCCAAAAGUGUGUAUUAUUUAUUCAUUUUUUUCCUUGAGAACUGUAAUUGGGUAUUUGGUUAUAGCACGAUAAGUUGCAGUGGGGGGAGCAAUGUCUAGUGCGUGUCGGCUGUAAGCCUGUAAUGCUGUAUAGGAUAAAGAGUGUAGAAUAGGGAAACAUGAGUUGUGUACAUUUUUGUAGGACACUCAUUUAUCAAGUGUUUAAAAGUAAGAUAACUUUUCAACACUCAAUAAAUGAGUCACAUAUAAAUGCACACAAAAAAUGUAGGAAAAAGGGUCAAAUAAACCCUUCUACAAUUGCUAAAAGAUCACCUAAACCCAUGUACUUUAAAAAGCAUCAUAUAAACUCAUCUACUCUAAAAAAAAUAAGUCAAACAAGCC